AGGGCCCACAUCUACAGUAUAAACUCAGUGUGAAUCUAUGUAUAUAUGCGUGUGACAGGGAGAGAGGAGCGUGAUAGAGUCUUAUACUUGCUGUUUGAUACCGUGGAAGGUGAAGACCGAGGCUCAAAGAUGAAAACUUUGUCCGUCCUGGUUCUCUGCUCCCUGGCCGUCCUCUGUCUGACUUCAGAUGCUUCCUUCAGCUCCCAGCCUGCCGGUGACACCCCAGCUCAGGAGGGUUUGUUUGUGGAGCAGGAGCAGGCGUCCUCAGUGGUGAGACAGAAGAGAGCUCCUAAAGAGUUAUCUCUAUCCCAGCUGGAGAGUCUAAGAGAAGUGUGUGAGCUGAAUCUGGCAUGUGAGGACAUGAUGGACACCAGUGGAAUCAUCGCUGCCUACACCACCUACUAUGGACCAAUUCCCUAUUAGACACCGAACCGUUGCUCAUCCCAAAUGUCUUUUCUUUACUUUGCAUAUUCACUUUUUCAGUUUAACUUUGUCUUUCCUGUCCCACCCACCUUAAAAAAAGUAGUCAUAAGAAACCACUUCCCUUUAGUGCCAGGGGAGCAAAAUAAAACAGUAAAGGAGAAAGAUGUUAGAUAGCAAGAGGAAUAAUAUUGGCAUGAUCAUUUAUUUUUCCACCCUGCAUAAACCCACACAGUUCUGUGAUACUAUCACCUCAGACAGUCUGUAGAGUAGUGUGAUAUUAAAAUAAAGAUAUAUAAUAUGAAA